AUGUCAAGCUGCAACAUUUGCAACGAGCCACUCGUUCUCAGGCUGGACGACGAUGCCGACGAUGACGACACCGAGACUGCGAGGACCGUGCCCGACGAUUUGGAACUCGGCUGCGGAUGCCAUUUUCACUGGGAAUGCCUCAUGGAGGAAGCGCCCUCAUUGGUCGAAUCUCUGAAAUGCCCCAGCUGUGAUACAUAUCUGCCUAAAGACGAGGCCAGCGCCUCAUCUGCGAACCAGUCUUGCGACGCUCCUCCUCCUGCCAUCCUAGCCCAGUAUACAAAUGAAGGCGGCGUGCAAAAGGACCUCGACAUCAUGGAUUCCAUAACUGAAGAGGCGCAUGUUCAGAAACACCCCGAGGUGCGUCCCGCCAGAGCAUUACACAUCAUGUGUACCGAGGGUGACAUUACCGGCCUAAUCGAAUUGUUGAGAGUCGCGAGUGACCAAGGCAUGGACAUUGGAAACAUUAUUCGCUACCAAGACCCUUUGGCAGGAAUGCAAAGUGGACUUCAUUUGGCUGUUGAGAAUCAGCGAGAGGAGAUUGUGUGGGCGUUGCUGUGGCUGUCGUCUGCCGUUUCUACCGACGUUUUCCCCGGUAUGGUGCGGGAGACUGCCGAGCGCGUCGGCUUGGGGCGUCUCAAUGUCGAUGCUAGCGGGGACAUUCGGUGCCUGAAGGACGCCCAGGACCGCCUGGCGGGGACUAUAGCCCAGCAGAACCCGGGAAUUGCCGCGAAUUACGGACUUGAUGCCUAA